AUGCCGGAGCGGGACUGCAGCGGGGCCGCGGGGCUGCCCGCGCUCCUCGCCGAGCCGGGGGCGGAGCGGAGCGGCGCCGAGCCGGGCGCGGAGCAGGGGCGGGCGCCGAGCCGAGCCGGGAGCCGGGGAAGGACCGCCCACCGCUGCCGGACCGCUCCUGACAUCACCGGGACCGCGGCGCGCCGCUCCGCCGGCACCCCGGCACCGCCGCCGGCCCGCCCGGGCAGCGCCGGCCCUCGGGGAAGGGUCCCGGGGCGGGGGGUCCGGGUCUCUUCCUCCCAUCCCACCACCAUGGAAAUCCCCCCCAAGAGUCCUGAUGGGAGUGAGAAGUCCCCGCAGUCCAAGGAGCUGAUCACCAGUGACACGGGCAGCACCCUGUGCAUGAGCUCCCGCAGCGAGUCCGUGUGGACCAGCGCGCCCAGGAGCAAGUGGGACAUUUACCACAAACCCGUCAUCGUGGUGUCCGUGGGAGUUGCCAUCUUCCUCUUCGGGAUGGUCAUCACCAGCCUGUCCUGCUUCCUGACCGAGAACAAAAGCGUUUACAAAAUGACCGGCCCGGCUUUCCUGUCCCUGGGACUGAUGCUCCUGGUCUGUGGCCUGGUCUGGAUCCCCAUCAUCCGCAAGAAGCAGAAGCAGAGGCAGAAGUCACAGUUCCUACAGAGCCUCAAGUCCUUCUUCUUCAACCGCUGA